AUGCAAAUGGUGACCGAUAAGCCGCCCACACCCGCGCCCACCGUUGCCAUCACAUAUCCAACCAGCCCUACACCGUGUGAUCCCGUACUAAAUCCAGGAAUAACUUGCGAUACAAUAAGUACUACAACUGUGUCAACGCCUGUUCCCACUAAUGAAUCAGUGGCUGUCGUCACCCACAAAGACAAACCAACUUCUGGUGCGCCAAAGACUACGAAAGUACCCAAAAAUACAGCCAAAACUAAAGAAGAAGAAAAUGAAGAAAUACUCGCAGUUCUUCUGGUCUACACUUUCUAUAAUCUCUAUGUUAGCGAUGAUACUAAAGAUAAGACAGUAGCCGAAGAACAAGUCAUUGGAUCCAAUGAAGUGAUGGAAACACCAGAAGAGAAGUCGGAAUCGGAUGGGAUUUCUCCGAUGAGAUCGGAAUCGGAUCCAAAUGUGUCCCAAAAAGAUCCAAAUGUAUACAUCGGAUGUCGGGACCAGACGAGAGGUGAGGCGGCCGUCAAAGACAUCUUAGCAUUGAAUCCAAAGGCAAACAUUUCUCUACUUUUGCUGGACUUGUCUUCACUCAAAUCUGUCCGCAAAUGUGUGGAAGAGUUGUCGGGUUUGGAGACAAAAGUCGAUAUACUUAUCAAUAACGCGGGCGUCCGUUGCCCUGAGUUGCAGACAGUUGACGGGUUUGAGAUGCAAAUCGGCACUAAUCACUUAGGUCAUUUCUUAUUUACACUCCAUUUGAUACCAUUGUUAAAGAAAGCACCGGCGAGUCGUAUAGUGACAGUUGCCUCAGCGCUACACAACUUUGGUCAAAUAGAUUUGCAAAACAUAAACCUACGAAACGGUGCAUACCAUCCGUUUUUCUCAUACGCUCAGAGCAAACUCGCAAAUGUGUUGUUCAGCCGUGAAUUGGCCAAAAGGCUCCGCCACUCAAACAUCAACACCUAUAGCCUCGACCCGGGAGUUGUGAACACAGACCUGAACCGGCACUUUGAUAAGUCUGCGCCCUGGGAGGGGACAGGAAUGGUUGCCUACGAGUUUGGCACUAAUGUCAUGAAUAUGAGGCGAAAGUGUAAGAGUGAGCGCCGACUGGACGGUAAGGUUGUGGUCAUUACCGGCGCUAACACUGGGAUCGGCAAAGAAACUGCACUUCAGCUAUCGUUACGCGGGGCUAAGAUAUACAUCGGGUGUCGGAGUCUAGAAAAGGCUGAGUCGGCCAUCGAUGACAUGAAAGGAGUGAAUCCGAGUGCAGACAUCACUGCACUUAAGCUCGACUUGUCUUCAUUCAAAUCCGUUCGUCAGUUCGCCGAUAAGCUGAAGGCCAGGGAGUCUGCGGUCGACAAACUUAUCAAUAACGCCGGUAUAUAUAACUGUCCGGAAUGGCAAACCGCCGACGGGUUUGAGAUGCAGUUUGGGACCAAUCAUUUGGGUCCGUUUUUGUUGACACAAACCCUAUUGCCAAUGCUAAAGGCGGCACCUGUAGCCCGGAUUGUGAAUGUAACAUCUAUGAGAUACGCUUUGGGCAUGAUCCAUUUUGACAACAUUAACCUCCGCAACGGGGCGUACGACCCAAACGCGGCUUACGAUCAAAGCAAACUCGCAGUCCUGUUGUGCACCAGAGAGUUGGCCAAACGUAUGGGCGCUGACAGUAGUGUCACGUGUUAUGCGGUAAAUCCCGGCGCGAUUAAGACUGAUCUCCAGCGCCACUCAAAUUAUCCCGAAUCGGUUAUGAAUGCGUUGUUUAUGACACCAGAAAUGGGAGCACAGACUACACUGUAUUGCGCUCUCGAAGAGACACUGGAUAAUGAAUCGGGAUUUUAUUAUGAGCUGGGCACAGAGAGUAACGUGAAGUGCUAUGCCCUCAAUCCCGGUGUAAUUAAAACUGAUCUCCAAAGGCAUCAGAAUUACAGCCAAACGAUGAUGAAUAUGAUGUUUUUGACACCUGAAAUGGGAGCACAGACUACAUUGUAUUGUGCCCUAGAUGAGAAACUGGAUAAUGAAUCCGGCUUUUAUUAUGAUAAUUGUAAACGAGAACACUGUGUGGUUAAACAGGCGAAAGAUGAUAAGGUGGCUGAACAACUUUGGGAUUUGAGUUGUGGUUUGGUUGAGCUUGGUGAUGAGUACAGAAUUUGA